AUGUCGUUCACCUUGCUGCGACGCCGCACCGCCCAGGCCCUCGGGCAGCAGCAGCACCGCGCCGCCUACUCGACCCCGUCCUCGCCCGCUCUCGCCCAGGGCCCGCACAAGACCGAGUCGUCGACCGCCGCGAGCGACUACAAGGUUGCCCACCCGAAGCGCAGGCCGCCCCCUCUGCCCGUCAUCGACCCGCCCCAGUGGAGCGCUCAGCAAGCCGUCGACAACAUCCUCUACAACACUCCUCCUCCUUCCCUCCAGCCCUUCACCCGCCACACCCUCAACUGCCUCGUCCAGAACGAGCCCGGUGUCCUGUCGCGCGUGUCCGGCAUCCUCGCCGCCCGCGGCUUCAACAUCGACUCGCUCGUCGUGUGCGCCACCGAGAUCGAGGACCUGUCGCGCAUGUGCAUCGUCCUGCGCGGCCAGGACGGCGUCAUCGAGCAGGCGAGGCGGCAACUCGAGGACCUGGUCCCCGUCUGGGCCGUCCUCGACUAUACGCGCACGCGCACGAUCGAGCGCGAGCUCCUCCUCGCCAAGAUCUCGAUCCUCGGGCCCGAGUACUUCGAGGACCAGCUCGCCAACAAGGGCCCCGACAUCCUCCCCGCGACCGAGGGCGCCGAGGAGGGCUCGCCCGUCAAGCAGCACAUCGACAACACGCACCGCGCGACGAGCGAGAUCCACCCGCGCGUCGACGUCGACCAGCAGGCGCAGCGCCUGUCGCCGUCCGAGGCGCUCCGCAUGAAGCACACGCACCUGAGUGGCGUGCGCCUCCUCGCCGAGCAGUUUGGCGGCAAGCUCGUCGACAUCAGCAACGAGAGCGUCAUUGUCGAGAUGACGGGCAAGACGCAGCGCGUCGACGCCUUCCUCAAGCUCGUCCGGCCCUACGGCAUCCUCGAGGCGGCCCGCACCGGCCUCAUGGUCAUGCCCCGCGCCCCGAUCUCGUCGCCCUGGUCCGGCAUGGCCGACGACGGCGUCGCCGAGGAGGCAGAGGCGUUCGACGCGUCGCUCCUCCCGCCCGGCUAA